ACUGAUAGAAAUUAAUUAAUUAAUUAUAACUGAAAAAUUUGAUCGUUAGAGAAUUUUUCACUAAUACUAAAAACGAUACAAAUUUUCUAAAGGUUAAAAAUGAUGGGAAUAACUAUUAUUAAAAAUUAACAUCUUCCCCGAAUGGAUAAAGCUUUAGCGGAAAAAAAAACAUUAUUAUUAAAAAAUGAAAAAAAAUUACCUAUACAAAAAAAAAUGGAUCAAACGAUUUUGAUAUCGUUUUGUGAUUGUUAAUUAACAAUGGUGAUAUUAGCAAUCAAACACAGUAUUAUACAGAGCAAACUAUUGAUUAAUUUUUUUAUCAACAAUAUUGGACAAGUUAAACUAUAUUUUAAAACUUUUUACAUCUCAUAUAUAGAUUAAAGCUGAGAAUAAUUAUUUGGCAAAUACAUUGAAGACUUGAUCAACAGAUUAAAUCUAAGAAAUACUUACUUGGCAAAUACAAUGAUGACAAUGUAUUUUUUUGGUCAACUCAUAAUGUAAUCUGUUCAUUAGUUCAUAUGAGCGCCUCCUUAGCAAAACAUUCGAGGAUAGGCCCUCUUUUUGCAUACCGUCGUCAUCUAUGUGACAUAACAAUUCUCAAAACUAGGUCAAACGUGCGAUGAUGUACUAUUAGACAUGUGAAAAUGGAUUCUGACAAAGCCCAGACCGUGGAUUUCAGAAAAAGCACCGGAGAGGCCCACACAGAGUUGUGGUAGUUAGGGAGGAAUAUUAGUCAAAGUUUUGUAUGUUCUCAGUCAACCAGAUUAGACCAAAAGAGAUGUAUAUCUGUAAUGUUACUGUAGAGUGUAGACUAGAAAAAUAAAAAAGGCAAUUUGGCAUGGCUCAAACGUUACGUUUCCUGUUUUGCUUUACAGCCUUUUCCAUAUUUUCAAUAUUAUCCCAAAUAAAAAAAUAUAAACCCAUUAGGUGCGUGAACAAAAAUGUCAAAUACAAACUAUUCACUUAACCAGGUAAUUAAUUUCCGAAUAAAGUCGUGAUUUUUACCUAUUUUCUAAUUCAUCACAAAUUUAAAAUAUUUCAAUUUAAGUAAGUUCAAAACCAUUAGUUGACUGAAGGGAAAUGAAAAAAUACCAAACCAUUCACUUAACCAUGUAAUUAGUUUUCGAAUCAAGUCGUGAUUUUUAAUAUAUAUACCCAUUUAUAUUAUUAAAAUCUGCAGUUUUCAAUCUCUUUUCUUUUUCUUGAUUAUAAAAUUAUAAUAUCCAUAUGGUUUAUUCCAUUUUUUAUUUAUUAUUUAUUCCCAAAACCCUAAUUUCACCUUCACCAUAAGAAAUUUCUCCCCAAACUUAAACCACCCUCUAGAAAAUAAAAAUCAGAUCUUACUUUUUUGAUUAUAGUUAUCGAUGUUUUAGAUCAAACUUUCUGAAAUUAAGAUUGAAUCCUCACAUGGAAGCUCAGCUCUGUUUGUAUCUCUUUCGUAGCUUCUACUGAUCUCUUCCCUGCUCAGUCCCUCAAAAGACUUCACCUUUCAUUUUCACUCUUAUCUCUAAAUCUUAAAACUUUAUCGAGCUUGUACAAAAAAAAACAAGCUUGAAUCUUUCGUGAUCACCAAGAUUCAGAGGGGAUCUGAGGGAUUCUUUUGUUCUGUCUGGGCCAUACUCUUUUGUCGGAAUCUCUCCCAAAUCUUUAUGUCCGAAUGGAGGAGAGAGAAGGAACCAACAACGUCACCAGCUUCGGUCUGAACCAACAACAACAACAUGAAGCUGCUGCUUCUUCUUACCCGAUGGACCCACCACGACCCGAUAACCCGAACCCCUUUUCCGCCCCACCCAUCACUUCUUCUUCCUCCGCCGCCGCGGCUGUGGAGAAUGCGGCUCCUCAGUUCAGCUUAACAAUGCCGGCGGCGGAGACCGGCUCCUCCGAGCAGAAAAAGAAGAGGGGAAGGCCGAGAAAGUAUAACCCCGACGGGACUCUCGCGGUGACUCUCUCUCCGAUGCCAAUCUCCUCCUCUGUUCCUUUGUCGUCGGAGUUUCCUCCUAGGAAGCGAGGAAGAGGACGUGGCAGGUCUAGUCGGUGGCUCAAGAAGUCCCAGAUGUUCCAGUUCGACAGGAGUCCUGUUGUUACCAAUUUGACAGGUGCAGGAGUUGCUGCCGCUGCAGAUUUUGCGGGAGCAAACUUUACACCGUAUGUGCUCACAGUAAACGCUGGAGAGGAUGUGACGAUGAAGAUAAUGACAUUCUCUCAGCAAGGUUCUCGUGCUAUAUGCAUCCUCUCAGCUAACGGUCCCAUCUCCAAUGUUACGCUGCGUCAAUCUACUACAUCCGGUGGUACCCUAACUUACGAGGGUCGUUUUGAGAUUCUCUCUUUGACGGGUUCGUUUAUGCAAAACGACUCCGGAGGAACUCGAAGUAGAGCUGGUGGUAUGAGUGUAUGUCUCGCAGGACCAGACGGUCGUGUCUUUGGUGGAGGACUCGCUGGUCUCUUUCUUGCUGCUGGUCCUGUCCAGGUGAUGGUCGGGACAUUUAUAGCGGGUCAGGAGCAGUCACAGCUGCAGCUAGCAAAAGAAAGACGGCAAAGAUUCGGGUCUCAACCAUCUUCCAUCUCCUUUAACUUCACUGCUGAAGAACGGAAGGCGAGAUUCGAGAGGCUCAACAACUCUGUCGCCAUAGCUGCACCAACUCCUUCGUAUCAGCAUGAGAACACAGCGAACGCGGUUCACAGUUACUACACAAACUCGGUUAACCACGUCAAGGAGCCUUUCUCUUCCAUGCCAGGAGAUGGAGGACAUGAGGAGGGAGAAGGUGAAGAGGAUGACAAUGAGUUAGAAGGUGAUGAGGACGGAGAGUUUGGAGGUGAUAGCCAAUCAGACAACGAGAUUCCGAGCUGAUGAUGAUGAAUCUUUGCUGUUUCUUUUUCAGAGAUUUGUUAGGGGUGAUGGAUGGGUUUUCAAGUUGAUGUUGAUUUUUUUUUUUUUGUUAACAGAGAAUGUUUAGAAGCUGGCUAUCAUUAGGCUCUCUAUCCUCUUGUGCUUGUUGUAGUAUCCAUGUUAGAAAACAAACUUACGAUUUCAAAAACUCUCUUCCUUCAAAACAGUUCUUACUUUGUUUUUCCAGUUAAUGUUUCAA